AUGUCAAGGCCUUCGUUGAAUCAACGAAAUAACAAGUCCAGGUCGUGUAAGAGACGAGAAUUUGAUGCUAAUAAUAUGAAUGAAGAUAACAAAGUAGUGUUGACAAGGAAAGUCCGGAUAAUGUUUAACGACCCUGAUGCUACUGAUUCUUCUUCAUCCUCGAGCGAACAAGAUGAAACGAUGGCCAAUAAGAAACCGUCGAAAUCGAAAAGGUUUGUACGACAAGUCCUCAUUCAUAUGCAUGAUUCAGAUUCAGGUGGUAAGUGGGCAAAGACUCGAAAGCGACCGUCGUCGUCGUCGCCUUUCAGAGGUGUAAGGCUAAGAAAAUAUGGUAAAUGGGCGGCUGAGAUUCGAAAUCCUGUCAAAGGUGGCCGACUUUGGUUGGGGACGUACGUCACUGCCGAGGAAGCUUCUCAGGCGUACGAGACCGCGAGGUCUAAAUUUGAUGAAAUUCUCAGCAGGGCAGCAGCCGCUUCAACUAAUAAUAACUGCAGUGUCGACAAUAUCAACAACACUAGUAGUAGUAGUAGUAAUGCAAACCAAGAAGACCUAUUUCUUUUAAGAAAAGCAACUGAUGAUCCAAUAAUGUCGUCUCCGGUUUCGGUUCUGGAUCCGGCAAUGUCGACGGAUUCCAUCAGCGUUCACAAUGUUGGACAACUGCAAGUAUCAUUGGACUCGAGUUUCCAGCUGAAUGAAGCAUUGGAGUCUCUCCACAUUGAUCACCAGCAGCAGCAAGACGUCUUCAACUUUGUACGACAUGAGGAGCUUAACCAACUUAUCUCCUCCAUUGCCUCCUCCUCCUCCUUGGAGGAACUUGGAAAGCAUUUAGACGGAACCUAUUGUAGCAUUGAUGAUAUAAAGAUUGGUGGAUGUGAUGAUCAUGGACACUACACCAGUCUUCCUGAUUGUGACUUUGACGAUUUAUAUUAA